AUGAGUACCACACAUCGUCCAUUUUCCCUAAAUCAUGGAACAAUUGAAUACACAACGUUGGUUCCAACAAACUUGUUGUUUGGAUUCUCUCAAUUAAAGGAUCAAUUCAACAAGACAUUGCCUGAACCUACCGAAGGUUUUGCUGGUGACAAUGAACCUUCAUCACCAGCCGAGUUAUUCUCGCAGUUCUUGGGUUAUACCGCGUCGUUGGUAGACCCUAAGGCGGACGGACAAUUCGAUGAAGUGUUGAAAUUUAGUUUGCAUGAAUUUGAGGUCAGAUUUUUGUCUACUACCGAUGUGCAUUCAUUUGCAGCCCGUUUGGUAAACGACGAGACGUACCCAACUACCUUGUCAAAGGUCAAGGGUAUCAUCAAGAAUUACUACAAUGCUGUGAUCAACUCCAAUGCUACCACUACUAAAACUGAAUCAAACUUGUUGAAGAAUGCCAUGAGUAUUAAUUCUGACGGCAAGGCCAAGAUUUUCGCCAUUUUUGGUGGUCAAGGUAACACUGACGACUUUUUCGAAGAAUUGAGAGAAAUCAACGAUAUGUACAGCGGUCUCGUUUCCGAUUUGAUUUCCAAGAUUGCAACUCAAUUGAACUAUCUUGUCAGAACUACAGAAAAUGUUGACAAGAUUUAUACCCAAGGAUUUGACAUCUUGACUUGGUUAGCUAAUCCUGAAAAGACUCCUGACCAAGAUUAUUUAUUAUCAGUACCAGUUUCAUGUCCAUUGAUCUGUGUCUUGCAAUUAUGUCAUUAUACCGUGACCUGUAAGGCCUUAGGAUUGACUCCAGGUGAAUUUAGAAGCUACUUAAGUGGUACCACAGGUCAUUCUCAAGGUUUAGUUACCGCUAUGGCCAUUGCGUCAUCUUCUACCUGGGAUAACUUUAUCGAAAACUCCUUGAAGGCUAUUUCUUUAUUAUUCUUUGUUGGUGCAAGAAGUCUCAUAACCUUUCCAAGAACUACUUUACCACCAACUAUGUUACAAGACUCACUUGAAAAUAAUGAAGGCAGACCUUCUCCAAUGUUGUCUGUUAGAGAUUUAUCUAUUGAACAAGUUGAAAGCUUUAUCAAACAAACCAAUAACCAUUUACCAAGCGAAAAACACAUUGCGAUUUCAUUGGUGAACGGUGCUAGAAACGUAGUUGUUUCUGGUCCACCAGAAUCAUUAUAUGGGUUGAAUUUGACUUUGAGAAAUAACAAGGCCCCAUCUGGUUUAGAUCAAGCUAGAAUUCCAUAUAGUGAAAGAAAAUUAAAGUUCUCCAACAGGUUUUUACCAAUCUUCAGUCCAUUCCAUUCGCACUUAUUAGAGCCAGCUACUGAACUUAUCAAUAAUGACUUGGUUAAUGAAAAAAUUGAUUUCUCUCCAUCUGACGUUAAAAUUCCAGUUUUCGACACUUAUAACGGUGAUAACUUUCAAAGUUAUACAUCCUCUUCAGAAGAAUCUAUUAUUUUAAGAUUGACUAAAUGUAUCACUGAAUUAGCCGUUAACUGGGAAAAGGCUACUAACUUUGCUUCGACUCACAUCUUAGAUUUUGGUCCAGGUGGAGUUUCUGGUUUAGGUGUUUUAACCCACAGAAAUAAAGAAGGUACUGGUGCCAGAAUUAUCAUCGCCGGUACAUUGGAUACUGUCUCACCAGAUGAUGAAUAUGGCUUCAAGCAAGAAAUAUUCAACACUGCACCAAACUCUACCAAAUGGGCUUCAAACUGGUUGGAAGAAUUCAAACCAAAAUUAGUCAAGAACAAGGCUGGUAAGGUUUAUGUCGAUACUAAAUUCUCGAAAUUAUUAGGUAGAGCUCCAUUAAUGGUUCCUGGUAUGACUCCAACUACGGUUAACCCAGAAAUAGUUGCAGCAACUAUUAAUGCUGGCUAUCAUAUAGAAUUAGCUGGUGGUGGCUAUUUCAAUGCUCCAUCCAUGCAAAAGGCUUUAGAAGAAGUUAGAGACCAUAUCGUUCCUGGGUCUGGUAUCGGAAUUAACUUGAUUUAUGUUAAUCCAAGAAUGUUACAAUGGGGUAUUCCAUUGAUCAAGGAAUUGAGGGAAAAGGGAUUCCCAAUUCAAUCCAUGUCUAUUGGUGCCGGGGUUCCAUCCUUAGAGGUUGCAACCGAAUAUAUUGAAACAUUAGGUUUAACUCAUUUAGGUUUAAAGCCCGGUUCAAUUGAUGCUAUUUCCCAAUGUAUUACCAUUGCCAAAGCUCACCCUACUUAUCCAAUUGUAUUACAAUGGACUGGUGGUAGAGGAGGUGGUCAUCAUUCUUUCGAAGAUUUCCAUCAACCUAUUUUACAGAUGUAUUCUAAGAUUAGAAGAUGCUCUAACAUUGUUUUGAUUGCUGGUUCCGGUUUUGGUUCUGAUGAAGACACUUAUCCAUAUUUAAGUGGUACAUGGUCACAAAGUUACAAACACCCACCAAUGCCUUUUGAUGGUGUUUUGUUUGGUUCCCGUGUUAUGACUGCCAAGGAAGCCCAUACUUCAUUGGAUGCCAAGAAAGCUAUUGCAUCAUGUACUGGUGUCCCUGAUGGUCAAUGGGAAAGUACUUACAAGAAGCCAACUGGUGGUAUCAUUACCGUUAGAUCGGAAAUGGGUGAGCCAAUUCAUAAAAUUGCCACCAGAGGUGUUAUGUUUUGGAAAGAAUUGGAUGAUACAAUCUUUAACUUACCUAAGAACAAAUUAGCAGAUGCAUUGAAGAAGAAGAAGGAUUACAUUAUCAAUAAAUUGAACAAGGAUUUCCACAAACCAUGGUUUGGUAAGAACGAUUCUGGUGUUUGUGAUUUACAAGAUAUGACUUACCAACAAGUUGCCGAUAGAUUGAUUGAAUUAAUGUAUGUCAAGAAGUCUUCUAGAUGGAUUGAUCUUUCAUUAAGAAACUUCGUUGGUGAUUUCUUGAGAAGAGUUGAAGAAAGAUUCACUACCCAGGCUGAUUCUAUUUCUUUGUUGCAAAACUUCGCUCAAUUGCAAGAUAAUCCACAGGUUUUUACAGACAAAUUCUUCGACCACUUUGUGUUGGCUCAAACUCAAUUAAUUAACGAGGAAGAUUGCGACUUCUUUUUGAUGUGCUGUCAGAGACCACAACAAAAGCCUGUUCCAUUUGUUCCUGUUAUUGAUGAAAGAUUAGAGUUCUUCUUUAAGAAGGACUCUUUAUGGCAAUCAGAAGAUUUAGAAGCCGUUGUUGGUGAGGAUGUUCAAAAGACUUGUAUCUUACACGGUCCAGUUGCAGCUCAAUUCACCACAAAGGUCAAUGAGCCAAUCAAGGAUAUUUUGGACUCAAUUCACAAUGGUCAUAUUGCCAGAUUACUUCAAGAUGAAUACAGCGGCGAUGAAUCAAAGAUUCCAACUGUUGAAUAUUUCGGAGGCCAACUUCCAAGUUCCGUUGAAUCUGUACCUAGUGGAGUCUCCAUUGAAUCAUCAGGUGACAAAAUAAUCUACAGGCUCAAUUCUCAAAAAUCUUUACCAUCUAAUGCAGAAUGGUUAAAAUUGUUAGCCGGCAAUACCUUAAGCUGGUUGCAUGCUUUUAUUACUACUGAUAGGAUUGUCCAAGGAUAUAACCAUGUUUCAAAUCCUAUUCAUGACGUCUUGACUCCAAGCAGUGAAGCUGUUGUUGAAAUUUCUCAUCCAGGUAAUUCUUCCAAGACUUCAUUGGUUGUUUUGGAACAAUUUAAUGGAGAAUUACAACCAGUAGCAAGCAUUAAGUUAGUCAAGGAAUCAGUCAUUCAAUUUGAAUUGAUUGAGCAUAGAACUGCCGAUUCAAAGCCAGUUGCCUUACCUUUCUUGUAUACCUACGCACCUAAGGAUGGAUUUGCUCCAAUCUUAGAAGUUAUGGAAGGUAGAAAUGACAGAAUUAAAGAAUUUUACUGGAAGUUAUGGUUCGGUUCUAAGGUUCCAGUUGAUUUCGAUAUUGAUGUCGAAAAUGCUAUCAUUGGAGAUAAACUCACUAUUACCGGUCAAGAUAUUUCUGAAUUUACUCAUGCCAUUGGUAAUAAGUGUGAGGCAUUUGUUUCGAGACCAGGUAAGGUUACUUUAGCUCCAAUGGAUUUUGCAAUUGUCAUUGGAUGGAAGGCUAUCAUGAAAGCCAUUUUCCCUAAGACCAUUGAUGGUGACUUAUUGAGAUUGGUUCAUAUGUUUAACGGUUACAGGAUGAUUCCUGGUGCUGAGCCAUUGAAGAAAGAUGACGUUGUUUCGUCAAGUGCUGAAAUCAAGGCUGUUUUGAAUCAACCAUCUGGUAAACUAGUUGAAGUUAUUGGUACUAUUUACAGAGAAAAUCAACCAGUGAUGGAGGUUACCUCUCAAUUUUUGUACCGUGGUGAAUACGUGGAUUUUGAAAACACUUUCCAAAAGGUUACAGAGACCCCUGUUCAAGUUCAUUUCAACUCUGCCAAGGACUUGGCUAUUUUGAAGUCUAAGGAAUGGUUCCACUUAGAAAAGGAUAUUGACUUAUUGAACCAAGUCUUGACUUUCCGUUGUGAAUCUACUUACAAGUUCAAGAGUGCUGAAGUUUACUCAUCUAUUACCACAGUUGGUCAAAUUUACUUAGAAUUGCCAACCAAGGAAGUCAUUCAAAUUGGUUCGGUUGAUUACGAAGCAGGUAAGUCAUAUGGUAACCCAGUUACAGAUUACUUGUCUAGAAAUGGAACAACUAUUGAACAGGCAAUUAAGUUCGAAAACUCAAUUCCAAUUUCAAGUGGUGAAGAAUUGACUUCUAAGGCUCCAAAUACUAAUGAGCCAUAUGCCAAGGUUUCUGGUGAUUACAACCCUAUUCACGUAUCCAGAGUAUUUGCUUCAUAUGCUAAGUUACCUGGCACUAUUACCCAUGGUAUGUUCUCAUCUGCCUCUAUCAGAGGAUUAGUCGAAGAAUGGGCUGCCAACAAUGUUGCUUCCAGAGUCAGAGCUUUCAAGAGUACGUUCGUCGGUAUGGUUUUACCAAACGAUAUCUUGCAGACUACUUUGGAACAUAUUGGUAUGAUCAAUGGGCGUAAGAUUAUUAAGGUUGAAACCAGAAAUGUCGAGACUGAUACCUUAGUUUUGUCUGGUGAAGCUGAAAUUGAACAACCUAUUACUACUUAUGUCUUUACUGGUCAAGGUUCUCAAGAACAAGGUAUGGGAAUGGACUUAUACGGUAGCUCUGAUGUCGCUAAGGAUGUUUGGGACAGAGCUGAUCGUCAUUUCCUUGACAACUAUGGUUUCUCGAUCCUUAAUAUUGUUAAGAAUAAUCCAAAUGAAUUAACUAUUCAUUUUGGUGGUGCUAAGGGUAGAAAGAUCAGAGACAACUAUAUUGGAAUGAUGUUUGAAACUAUCGGUGAAGAUGGUGAAGUCAAAUCUGAAAAGAUUUUCAAGGAAAUUGAUUAUACUACAACGUCUUAUACUUUUGUUUCUCCAACAGGUUUAUUAUCAGCUACUCAAUUUACUCAACCAGCCUUGACCUUAAUGGAAAAGGCAUCUUACGAAGAUAUUAAAUCUAAAGGAUUGGUUCCAGAAAAUAUUAUGUUUGCUGGUCACUCUUUAGGUGAAUACUCGGCAUUAUCUUCAUUGGCAAAUGUCAUGCCUAUUGAAUCAUUGGUUGAUGUCGUCUUUUAUCGUGGUAUGACAAUGCAAGUUGCUGUUCCAAGAGAUGAAUUAGGUAGAUCUAACUACGGUAUGUGUGCUGUCAACCCAACCAGGGUUAGCCCAACCUUCAAUGAUGCUGCUUUAAGGUUUGUUAUUGAUGAAGUUGCAAAGAAAACCGGUUGGUUAUUGGAAAUUGUUAACUAUAAUGUUGAAAACACUCAAUAUGUCACUGCUGGUGACUUAAGAGGGUUAGAUACCUUGACUAAUGUUUUAAAUGUUAUUAAGUUGAACAAAAUUGAUAUUGUUAAGUUACAAGAUACUAUGUCUUUGGAAGAAGUAGCUGCUCAUUUACAAGAAAUUAUUAGCGAGGUUUCGGCACAAUCUUUAGCCAAACCACAACCUAUUGACUUACAAAGAGGUUUUGCUGUUAUCCCAUUGAAGGGUAUUUCCGUUCCAUUCCACUCUUCAUACUUAAUGUCAGGUGUCAAGCCUUUCCAAAGAUUCUUAUGUAAGAAGAUUCCAAAAUCGUCAGUCAAACCAAACGACUUGAUCAACAAAUAUAUUCCAAACUUGACUGCCAAGCCAUUCGAAAUUACUAAGGCUUAUUUCGAAGAAGUUUAUGAAUUAACCAAAUCUGAAAAGAUCAAGAAAAUUAUUGAUAAUUGGGAAUCUUAUGAGUCUGCUUGA